AACGCUCCUGCUAUAAUGUAUAUAAAGGUUGGGAAUCCAACGGAUACUCGAGGCAGAUCAUCAUCAGACAUGUUCGGGAAGAUCAUCCUAACGCUCUCGACCCUGGCCUGGGCCAGCGCCCAAAUUCCUAAUCUGGGCUUCUGUCCAGAAUACAUACCCAUGGCGAACUUUGAUAUGGAAAGGUUUCUUGGCAUUUGGUUCGAAGCCGAGAGAUACUUCCAAUUAAGCGAAGUGGUAUCUCGAUGCGUGAUGACGAAUUAUACCAAAGGUACCGAUGGUAGAUACCACGUGAGCAAUCAAGUCACGAAUCGUUUUACCGGUGUAAAGAGAAUAUUGGAUGGCGAAAUUAAACCCGCAGCUUCCAAGGCCGAGGAGGGUAAACUUCAGGUUAAAUAUACUACAAUUCCACUGACACCCGAAACCAAGUACUCGGUACUCGAAACGGAUUAUGACUCGUAUGCCGUUUUGUGGAAUUGUCAAGGUAUCGGUCCUGUUCAUGCGCAAAAUGCGUGGGUAAUGACGAGGCAACGAAUACCAUCUGGAGAAGUGCUUCAAAAGGCUUAUGGCGUUCUCGACAAAUAUAAAAUAUCAAAGACGUUCUUCGUGAAAACCGAUCAGGCGGAUUGCGCCUAUCUAGAGGCGGAUACUCGCAUAACAGAGAAACCCACCACGCAAAAACCAGGGGAACAGAAUUCGCAAACGGCCGAAUCGAACGCUAAAUCGGCCGUCGUCCAGAACGACGCCCACAUCGAAACGAAGGAAGAACCGGAAGCUGGGAUUUCGGCUGAGAAAGCGGCCUUCGACGCCCCAAAGAUAAUAGCGGAGGAGUCCGUAAAGGUCGAGCAGUCCGUAGACACCGUUCCCGAACGGAUUCUAAAAAUAGCCGAGACGAUAAAGGAGGAGGACGACGUGCAUGCUAAGACGAUCAUUGUCGAAGUUAAGGAAGAUAUCGCCGCGGAAAGUGCGAAGGAGAAGAGCGAGUAUCCGAAUGAGACGGAGAAAAAGACUGUCUAGGAGUAUCUAAAGAGAUCUGUUAGUUGGCGAUUAGCAAGGGCAUAUUCGGGGUUAUUCGAUGGUCUUAGGCUUGUAGCGGUUUUCUCCUUGUAAACCAGUCUCGCUUAAGUACAGCAAAAUCAUUAAUCAUUGUCCCGUAGGCGCGUCGUCGUCGCUCGAGGACAUGGGGUUGGCACGGCGCUUUGUUUUAUAGACUUACGUACAAAUGUAAAAAAAAGAAAUGAAACUAAAAAAGAAUAAAGAUUGUUAUAAAAAACG